GUACGACGAGCAGUGGGCGUGUCUCGUCAGGAAAGUCCGUGAAGCCCGCACAAAAGCAAACAUCGAGUCACCGGCAGACGUGAAGUCAUGACAAACCGUAUAAAACCUGUUUUAUGUACUCUUCUUUAAAAGAUGCUUCCAUGGUUACAUUUGGAAGAAAAGUGCCAUGGCUCUUGCUGAGGAGCAGCUGGAGAAACACUGUUGGGUGUGUUUUGCUAGCGAGAGCGACGACCUCAGUGCGGAGUGGGUGAGUCCCUGCAGGUGUAAAGGUUGCACCAAAUGGAUCCAUCAGUCGUGUCUUCAGCGUUGGUUGGACGAGAAGCAGAGACGAAGUGAAGGCGAUGGCGGCAGCUGCCCUCAGUGUGGCACGCCGUAUCACAUCGUCUUCCCAAAGAUGGGUCCGCUGGUCUACUUCCUCAGGCAGCUGGACGGAGCGCUCUCACGGGCCAGUCCGCUCGCCGCCUUCGGCAUGCUGGUCGGGACGGCGUACUGGUCUGCCGUCACGUAUGGGGCUGUGACCGUCAUGCAGGUUGUAGGACACAAAAAAGGUUUGAACAUGAUGGAGCGGGCUGACCCAUUCUUCUUACUCGUGGGUCUGCCCACCAUCCCUGUCAUUCUGGUCCUGGGGAAGAUGGUCCGCUGGGAGGACUUCCUGGUCAGGCUGUGGCUCAGAUACUCCUCCCGGCAGCAACAUGGUGUGAGCGGCUACCUGCCCCCCCUUCCCGCACCAGGUGACCACCUGUCUGUGUCUCGGACUCUGUGUGGCGCUCUGAUCCUGCCGUGGAUCUCCAGCCUGCUUGGGCGUCUUCUCUUCAGACGAGUCGCCUCCAACCUGCAGCAGAGCAUCCUGGGUGGCGUCACCUUCGUGCUGCUGAAGGGCUCGUUAAAGGUGUACCUGAAACACCAGCAGCACAUCACGCAGGCCGAGCGACACGUCCUGGACUACCCUGAUGGCACCCUGCUGGACCACAGUGGACCCUGACACCCCCAGUCCGUCAAGAGCCCACCAGAACGUGGGAAAAUUGCACGCAAGUCAACACCGAUCACUUACAUACUUGCGUGUAGAUGAAAUGCAUCUCUAUGAAACGUGUUAUUCAUUUCAUGGCAGUGUGUUUUUGCUUUCAUGACCUUGGGAGGGAAUGUUGUUCAUCCUCCAUUAACUUCAAGCUGUGAGGAAUAAAAGUCUUUUUAGAAAUGUG